CAUGUGACGCAUUCGGCUGAUUAUCAACAACAUCAUCAACGUUUUCACUUUGGCUCUGUCUCGGUAAAUAAAUGCUCUCCCCGUGAUCCCAUCUGGUCUCAAACCGCUCUCAUCGCAGCUCGACUUAUUAAAAUAAAGAUGAAUGUUUCCGACUAAUGAGAUCAUGAAUAAUUUCAGCUCAGUCAACAGGUGACCAAAUUUGAAAGUUUGCUGCGAGGCACCCCGCGAGACAAACGCGCACAAUGCCACAACAAGGGAAGCCAAAUGUAAGGCCAGUGCUCCCGUUCACCCUCUCUCGCCUCUCCGGGUGACUGAGACAGGACUACAAGACGCAGACAUAUGCGCUCUGCUGCGGGCCUCGGCUUUAAGGGAGCGCGCUGUGCAAUGUGCACCACCUGUGCGCUUACCGGCUGUAGCUACAGUCGCUACGACAGGCUCAGCGGAGGUCAUUUGCAUACUUUAUGAUUCCAGGUAAAAGGGGACAGCGAUCAUGAGAGACAGGCGGGGAAUGAGAGAGAGAGAUUGCAAAAGGCUUUCUGCGUCAGUCAUAAGGGCUGCCAGUUAAAACUGCUCUUAAUCCAUCUUUAAGCCCCAAGAUGUGCUGAUGGGUGAAAGCCAAACAACUUUGAGGGUUUAUUAAGUGGGCCAGUUGCCAUAGCGACGCUUUGGCAGGAUAUUGCCAGGAUAAGCCGUAAUGGGUCUCCUGACGCAGUUCACUCUGCUCCUGUGGAAGAACUUCACUCUACGGAAGAGACAAAAGGUGCGACUGGUCAUUGAAAUACUGUGGCCUCUGUUUCUCUUCUUCAUACUGGUGGGGGUGCGGACCACUACGCAACCAAUUUACAAAGGCCAAUGUCACUACCCUAAUAAAGCCAUGCCAUCAGCUGGUGUGAUUCCCUGGAUUCAGGGUAUGGUGUGCAACCUUGAAAAUCCCUGUUUGCCUUAUCCAACUCCAGGAGAGACACCAGGCCAAGUCAAUAACUUCGACAACUCCAUAAUUUCUGGGAUGUUGAUAGAGCUGCAAACUUCCCUGGUGGACAAAUCUAUUCUCAGCAGGGCCCAGCUGCUAGCAAAUGGUGUUGACCAGUGGGCUUCAAUUUUGUCACAGCCUAACUCCGCUAAUGUCAUCCUGAGGAAUAUUCUACGAGACAAUGAAACUUUCUCCACACAUCUGAAACAAGAUUUAUCGGUGCCAACAGCGGUGGCUGAAAGCCUCAUGAAUGCCCGGAUUCAGAUCAAUCCAAUGAUGGGCAUCCUGAGGCCAGACAGCCUGAGGAGCAUCCUGUGUGAGGGGACAGAUCUGGAUCAGUAUGUCCAAUUUAGAAGCCAAGCUGAAAAGAAGGCUUUUCAGAAUGUCAGCUGCUCCCUGACUCCACAGCAGCUGAUUAACACCCAGCAAGUACUCCUGCAAAACCUGGAUGCAAGGAAAGUGCUCUCUGAGCUUCCAGCAGCUUUGAACCUGAAUGCAGCAGAUGUGGCGGUGCUGAUAGGAAAAACCACUGCAAAUGCUUUACCGCUGAUUGAGGAGGUGGCCAGGUUGCAGAACUCCACGGCCUUUAAGGCUGCUAGUUCACUGAAUUUCCAAGGCGACCUGACUGGCAGUAUCAAUAUGUUUCUGUGUGGAAAGCAGCCUGACUCCAAUUCCACCAAUAUGACCCUCGGUUUACUCUCACCUAGACAGAUGGCUAACAAGACGUCAAUUUCCAUUACGGGCAACAGUUCAGAUGCUUUUUGUCAGACUCUUGUCGACACCCUGGAGAGCACACCUGGUCUGCGCUACAUUUGGAGCACCUUCAAGCCAUUAUUGCAGGGGAAAGUCCUCUACACACCUGAUACACCUGCUGCUCGUCUCCUGGUGAAAGAAGCAAAUAGGACCUUUAACGCCUUGGCUAUGUUAAGGGAGCUGGCUGACUCUUGGGAUGAACUCGGACCGCGUGUUUGGGAUUUUCUGCAAAAUAGCUCACAAGUCAAUACAAUACGGGCUCUGCUGGCGAAUCCUGUGUUUGCUGGAACCCUCAAGGCGCCUCUCAAUGGCACAGGGUGGACACCUGAGCUGCUGGCCAACUUCCUGUACAACGGGCCUCCAGAAGAUCGUCCACCCGGCAUGCCACCCAGCGACUGGCGGAACGUCUACAACUCCACCUCGGAAAUGCUGAAGCUUCUCUCCACUUUCUUGCGUUGUUUGGAUCUGGACAAGUUUGAGGCGGCCUCCACUGAAGGCCAACUGGUGAAUAGAGCGCUGGAUCUUUUGACAAACGGUACGUUCUGGGCCGGGAUUGUCUUUGAAAACCUCCAGCUGAACUCCAGCCUCCCACCUCCUUAUGUCAAGUACAAAAUCCGCAUGGAUGUUGAUGAAGUAGAAAGUACCAGGACAGUAAGGAGAAGGUCAUGGUCUCCCGGAGCCAGAGACAACCCCUAUAACGACCUGCGCUAUAUAUGGGGAGGCUUCGCCUACCUGCAGGAUAUGAUUGACCAUGGCAUUAUACGGGCGCACACCUCAAAAACCCAACCACUGGGAGUUUUUGCCCAGCAAAUGCCGUAUCCUUGCUAUGUGGAUGACGCCUUCAUUCGGAGUAUUGGAAGCAUUCUCCCCAUGUUCCUGAUACUGGCCUUCAUGUACACCGUGUGCAUGACCAUCAAGGGUUUGGUGCUGGAGAAGGAACUCCGGCUCAAGGAAGUACUGCGCGCUGUUGGUGUGCAAAACGGCGCUCUUUGGUUUUCAGUGCUCACGGAGAACAUCGUUCUGCUAGUCGUUCCCUGUGCGCUCAUAAGUGUCAUGGUUAAGUACGGCAAAAUCCUCCAAUACAGCGACCCCUCAGUGAUCUUUGUCUUCUUCCUGGUGUUCUGCGUGGCCACCAUCUCUCAGUGCUUCUUCAUUAGCGUCUUCUUCUCUAAGGCCAACUUAGCAGCGGCGUGCGGUGGCCUCAUCUACUUUGUCCUCUACCUGCCGCACGUCCUCUGCUACGCCUGGAGGGACGUGAUGGGUUUCGGGGCCAAGGUUGCUGUGAGUUUAUUGUCAUGUGUGGCAUUUGGAUACGGCUGCGAGAACUUUUCUAAAUUUGAGGAGCAAGGCGUCGGUAUUCAGUGGCACAACAUCGCCAAGAGUCCAGAAGAUGGGGGACGCUACACCUUCAUCACAUCUAUCAUCAUGAUGCUUAUUGAUGCUGUUUUAUACUGGGUGCUCACUUGGUACAUUGAAAAUGUCUUUCCAGGUCAAUAUGGAAUCCCUAAGCCAUGGUACUUCCCUUUUACUGCAUCUUAUUGGCGUGGAACGGCACCCGUGAUUGAUGAUAAGCCCAGUUUGCUGACACACUCCAACGUACACAACGACCAUAUGGAGAAACCGCCACCUAAUAUGACAGCAGGCGUGUCAAUCCAGAAUCUUGUCAAAAUCUACAAGACUGGAAAGAAGCUCGCCGUGGACGGACUGAGCGUGGACUUCUACGAGAACCAGAUCACAUCGUUUCUUGGCCACAAUGGAGCUGGAAAAACAACCACAAUGUCUAUUCUGACUGGACUGUUUCCACCUACAUCGGGAACGGCUCUCAUCAAUGGCUACGACAUUCGCACUGACAUGGACAGUAUCCGGACGUACUUGGGGAUGUGUCCGCAGCAUAAUGUCUUAUUCAAUGAGCUGACAGUGGAAGAGCACAUUUACUUCUACGCCCGGCUCAAAGGACGCAGUCGCCAAGAGGUUAAAACUGAGAUGGAUCAGAUGAUUAAGGACGUCGGUUUGCCACACAAACGGAAAGAACUUGCCAAGAACCUGUCGGGUGGCAUGCAGAGAAAGCUGUCCGUGGCCAUCGCGUUCGUGGGUGGCUCGAAAAUCAUCAUCUUAGAUGAACCUACAGCAGGAGUGGACCCCUAUGCCCGCAGGGGUAUCUGGGAACUGCUGUUAAAGUACAAACAAGGCCGCACCAUCAUUCUGUCCACGCACCACAUGGACGAGGCAGACAUCUUAGGUGAUCGCAUUGCCAUCAUCUCCCACGGCAAGAUGCGUUGCUGCGGCUCCUCCAUCUUCCUGAAGAAAUGCUUCGGCAGCGGCUACUACCUCACUCUGGUCAGAGACGGGAGCGGAAAGAUGACAGCUCAGCGUAACGGCAUCAUCGGUCAGGCCAAAGGGGGGAAGAAAGAGACAGACUGUCCUUUGAGCAGCAGCCCAGAUGAAGGAUUUGGCAGCCAAAGCUGGAGCAACUCUGAUCCAUCAGCAAAUUUGUCAGCAGUGGGUCAGCUUGUGCAAAGACACGUCCCUGAGGCAAUCUUCCUGGAAAGCAUCGGUCAGGAGAUCACCUACAUCCUGCCCUACGGAGGAGCUAAAGAUGGGACCUUUGGCACGCUCUUCCGAGAGCUCGACCGAGCCAUGGCCGACCUUGGCCUCACCAGCUAUGGCAUCUCGGACACCACCCUGGAGGAGAUAUUCCUUAAAGUGGCGGAAGACACCGGAGUGGAUGCAGAUAUACAACCGACAAAGGAGCUGUUUGUGAGAGACAGCAAAAGAAGGUCCCGCGAAGCCAAGAGGAACAGCAUUGCCAGCGUCCACUCAAAAACUGAGCAAACCACCGGGAAGAGUGAAAAGUUCACAAGUAAAGUUGAAGACAUAAGGAAGAGCCCCAGUGACAGCGGGAGGGGAUCCGCGGUCAUCACCGGAUGGAAGCUGAUCAGACAGCAGUUCCUGGCGCUCUUUAUUAAGCGCUUCCACCACGCCCGAAGGAGCCGCAAAGGACUCAUUGCCCAGGUGGUCUUGCCUGCUUUUUUUGUCUGCCUCUCUCUGAUCUUCUCCCUCAUCGUCCCGCCGUUCACCGAAUUUCCACCCCUGGAGCUGCAGCCCUGGAUGUAUGGCCUGCCUCAAACCACCUUCUAUAGCAACGAUGGGCCAGGAAAUACGGAGGUGUCCCAGGUGGUGGAAAGCUUGUUGAACAAGCCUGGCUUUGGGACACGCUGCAUGAAAGGAGACCCUAUACCGAAUCUACCUUGUUCCUCCACGGGGUCUGAUUGGUUCACUCCCUCCGUGGAUCAGUCAGUCGCUGACAUCUUUCUGAAUGGAAACUGGAGCAUGUCUAACCCCUCCCCCGGCUGCGAGUGCGGCACUCCUAAACGGACAAUGAUGUUGCCCGACUGCCCGCCCGGCGCGGGCGGCCUCCCUCCGCCACAGAGGAUACAGAACACGACAGACACCUUGCUGAAUUUAACCGGACGGAAUAUGACGGACUUCCUGGUCAAGACUUUUGAGAAGUCUGGUAAAACAAGGUACGGAGGGAUCUCCGUCGGAGCAAUCAACUCUCAAGUUCGUGUGACGGAGGCAGCAAUCACGGAUACAUUCAGAGAUCUAAAAGGCCUAUUCAGUUCAGCUCAGGAUAACGUGACUGAUCAGGUCUACCAAAGCGCUGAGACGCUGCUCAAGAACCUGGGAACCAGGGACAACGUCAAGGUGUGGUUCUACAACCAGCUGCGGCACGCCGUGGCGUCCUUCUUUAGCGUGGCCAACAACGGCAUCCUGAGAGGAAAUCUGCCAGCGGGACAGGACCCGCGCCAGUACGGCAUCUCCGUCACCAAUCACCCCCUCAACCUCAGCAAAGAGCAGCUCGCCAGUGCGGCCAUGGCCACAACCUCCACUGACGUCGUGGUGUCCAUCUGCGUUAUCUUUGCCAUGUCCUUCAUCCCUGCCAGCUUUGUCCUCUUCCUAAUCCAAGAGAGGGUGAACAAAGCCAAGCAUCUGCAAUUUGUCAGUGGAGUAAACCCAGCUGUCUACUGGUUGGCCAAUUUUGCCUGGGACAUGUGUAACUACAUCGUCCCCUGCUUCAUCGUGAUUGUGAUCUUCCUCGCCUUCCAACAAAAAGCCUAUGUUUCCCCUCCUAACCUGCCGGCUUUGAUCCUCUUGCUUAUUUUUUAUGGCUGGGCUAUCACGCCCAUGAUGUACCCGUUCUCCUUCAUCUUCAGCGUGCCCAGCACAGCUUACGUGGUGCUGACCUGCAUCAACCUCUUCAUUGGUAUUAACAGCAGCGUGGCCACCUUUAUCAUGGAGCUCUUCGAUGAUGAUAAUAUCACCCACAUCAACAACAUAGUGAAGCAGGUGCUGCUGAUAUUCCCACACUUCUGUCUGGGCAGAGGGCUGAUUGACAUGGCCAAGAACCAGGCAACGGCCACACUCUUCAGCAACUUUGGGGAGGACCGUUUCAAGAACCCGCUGAGCUGGGAAAUGGUGGGCAAGAACCUUUGUGCCAUGUCCAUCCAGGGAAUUGUCAUGUUUGCCGUUACAAUCCUCAUCCAGUAUAAAUUCUUCUGCAAACCAAGACUUAUUUCAGGGAAGUGGCUGCCUGCGGAGGAAGAGGAUAUCGAUGUUGCCAGGGAACGAAGGCGGGUGUAUGAAGGCGAAGCCCGGAGCGACCUUCUGAGGAUCUGUGACCUCACUAAGGUAUACCCUCGGAAGAGCACCCCCGCUGUGGACAGGCUAUGUGUGGGCGUUCCUGCCGCAGAGUGUUUCGGCUUGCUGGGAAUCAACGGAGCUGGAAAAACCACCACGUUCAAGAUGCUGACAGGAGACAUCCCAGUCUCCAGUGGAGAGGCCUUCCUAAAUGGAUACAGCAUCCGAACUGAGAUGAGGUCCGUGCACCAGAACAUGGGCUAUUGCCCCCAGUUUGAUGCUCUCGAUGAGCUGCUGACUGGACGAGAGCAUGUGGAAUUUUACGCCCGGCUACGAGGGGUACCGGCAAGAGAGGUCGCCAUGGUGGCUGAGUGGGGGGUCCAGAAGUUGGGGCUAGCCAAAUAUUCCAACAAAUCAGCAGGAACCUACAGCGGCGGUAACAAGCGCAAACUUUCUACAGCGAUAGCCCUGAUCGGCUGUCCUCCAGUGAUUUUUCUGGAUGAGCCGACCACCGGGAUGGACCCCAAAGCCCGACGCUUCCUGUGGGACUGCAUCCUGAGCGUCAUCAGAGAGGGACGCUCAGUCGUUCUCACGUCACACAGCAUGGAGGAGUGUGAAGCGUUGUGCACACGCAUGGCCAUCAUGGUAAACGGUCGCUUCAAGUGCCUCGGGAGCAUCCAGCAUCUGAAGAGCAGAUUUGGUGACGGCUACACUGUGAUUGUGAGGGUCGGUGGCUCUCCGCCCGCACUGAAGCCAGUCGAGGACUUCGUCCAGAAGACCUUUCCGGGCAGCGUUCUCAAAGAGAAGCAUCACAACACGCUGCAGUAUCAGUUCCCACACGCACAGGGAGCUUUGGCCAAUAUCUUCAGCCAGUUCACCAGGCAUCAGCGGAGGCUGCGUGUGGAGGACUACUCGGUGUCCCAGACAACUUUGGAUCAGGUCUUUGUGAAUUUUGCGAGGCAGCAGCACGAUGAAGAGGACUCUGAGGCCUAUAGCAACCCAGUGGAUGUUUCAGACGAGCUGCCGUUGGAGUAUCUGAGGACCUCCCAAGGAGCAGAAAAGGUGUAACGCGCACAAGAAAAGAACCGCAUCUACAGUCGUCCAGCGAUAUGCCUUUAAAAUAAGGGAAUCUGCAGUACUUGCACUGGCAACCAAAUGAGUUCCUAACCUAAUUUAGCUUUAAUUACUAAAUAUAGCAUGCCCCUGCUUUCAGGGUUUAUCAGCAGGCUUGCAAAGUUUCCAAUUAUUCAUGAUGUUUUCCAUAACUGUCCCUCGCCAAGCCAGUUUUUUAACUCAUUUACAAAUGCCUGAUUUUUUAGCCUUCCUUUCAUUCUGACACCGUAAAUAGUUGGUUACAGUGAAUGCUACUGCAAAGUUUGUGGAGUUUUCUAGAACUCCCUGGUUUGACACAAGGAGGGCGGGUUGCUGCACUAGAAUCGUGACGUAUUCAACUCGAUUAUCCAAAUUCUUCAACAUGCAGAGUCAAUCAAUUUUACAUUUAAAAUAAAAUAAUUAUUUUUCUUUUUUACCACACAGGCUGAUUUCCAUUUGACUAAAACCAACUUUAAGAGCAAAGCCUGACAAAAAUGACUUAAUAAGAUUGUAGGUGCGAGUGCAGGAAAUGCUGUAUUUCACAAAGGUUAAACAACUGAAAUAACACCACUUUGGUUUUGUUUGCACAUUUAUUGUAGAUCAUUCCACCACAUCUCCCUCUGUGCUUCCCCUAGCAUUACAAAUUGCACGGCACUACCUCAGCCUUGACCUUCAGAUUGACUGAUGCUUUAGACUCCUAUCAUUUGUUUACGUUUGCUGCUGAUUGAACAAAGAUAAAUCAACUCAAAAAGUCUAAAGCAGCAGUUAGUUUCAGGCUGCCAUCCCAGCUGCUGAUAGGCACUCCAGUGAUAAAUAACUACUCUGCCACAUGUAUUGGCUUUGUAUCUGAAGGAGCUAGCCUACAAUUAGCUGUAGAUGGUGUUCAAUAACAAGCACUGAGUUUGCAGCAGUGGCUGUCGAACAUGUUGCGCCUGCAAGAAAGGUGCUAAAUGUUUGCACCGGCCAAAGCUUGCAGGGCUUUAUCUCUAUUAUAUGUAGGCAUCAGGAAUGUAAUCGAGCGCACGUCAAAUGUUUCAUGAGAUUUAGUAAUGAAUGUGUGAGCAAAAACACAUUUUUAUUUAUAUUUUGUUAGCUUAUAAGGCCUUAAAUUUUAAGAUCCUUCUGCUGUAUUUUUGCUGGCUUUGGCACAGUUCACCUUCUACAUAAGUAGUUCUGCCUCUGAAGAUGUGGUCAUAAUCUUAAUCACACAUAAUCCUGUUUUCUUUUUAUACUUUAAGUUGCAUUGAUCAGAUACGGGUACCUAGCUAGCUAAGCUUGUUAGCUUCCUUCUUAGCCACGGACGCAAUGCUUGGUUACUCAAAGCUAACUUGCCAUACUUGCUAGCAUUUUAGCCAUAGCUAAAUACCAGAUGUGAUGACACAUGGGUGAAUCUAAGACAUCUAUUGUAGGACACAGCAUAAGCACAAAGGAAACUGAGAUAGAUUUUCUUAUUUUUAUAUAGGACCAAAAUUGGCAUAAAAACUAGCAUAAACUCAGGACUUCACGGAGUUCAAGUGAGAAUGUUUGUCCUUUUCUAGACUUCUGUACAAUUGUUCCUUUUUUGCAACUCGAGGAGUCACCCCCCGCUGGUCACUGGAAGAGAUUUGCAACAUCCAUCUUUUAAAUACAGUCUAUGUUAUCACUCAUUCCUUUAGCAUGUAAAGCCUUUGUUUGGUCUGGGAAAUAGCUGAUUGCGUUACCGGUACUUAAAUUUUCAACCACCUAUGGUAUCAAGAAUGCGUAAAAACUACAGAAAUAUAUUUUUUAAUGUAUUUUUUUAAAGUUAUUACAACAUACAAUUAAAUUGUACAGACAUAUGUAAACUUUGGGCAAACAGUACACCUUAUACUCCAUUUCCCAAGUAAAAGUUAACUCAGGAAGGUUUUGUGUGCAAUACUUACAUGCUUAUACAGAGAGUGACAUUUAGUUCUGUCUUUUACUGUAUGUACUGUGCGACAUCAAGAGGUUAUGUCACUGUCUCGCGCAGCUUGCGCUCGCAUUACGUUGCGCUUUUGUGUUCAGGAUGUAAAUAAGUCCACACUUCACUCCUCACAGGCUUUCUUGUUUGCUUUCAGAGCCUGACAUAAUUUGUAUGCUUUGCUAAGUCCUCACAUUACUAUCAUGCACGUUGCAAAAAUAAUGAAUCCUGUUUGCACUGAAUAUUGCUCUAUGCCAAGACAAGUGAUUAAACAUUUGCACAAACUGUAAUGCGACUUUGACUCGGUGUUUGUUCACUGCCGUAUUUGUCCAACGAAUCACCGAGUUCCAGUUUGAAAGUCUCUCUAGUUCAACUUCCUGCAUGCUGUCUUAUUGUUGUGUCCUUCCUUUCACUAUUUCGCGUCUUUCACUCUGCGCGAAGGUGCCAGCUGCAGGCUCAUAUUUUGUUUUGUCUCUCAUACAUUCGUAACAUCAACCGAGUCCAUGGGACGCCAGAAUUCAAACCGCACCACACUGGGUAAGGCUUUUUAUUUCACAUUUAGCAGAGUGGCUCCUUCUCAAGGGCGAACAGACAUUUUGUCUGCCAGAUGCCUGCAAAUGAAUUUAUUUUGCUGUCAGACUAUCACACAGACUCUUUUAGCGCGUGGGCUUCCAAUUUAUUUAUUGUACUUUUUUUUCUUUUCAAACCAAUUUAAAGCUAGUAUACCUGAAGUUAGACCAAUUCUUCUCCCAGUUUCAUUUCACUAUCACAAAACAUCACAGCAUAUGUAGUUUUUCUUUUCAGACACAGUGUCUGCCAAGAUUAAGACGUCUCAUUUGUGUCUAGUAAAAUAGUUCUCACACCCCUCUCAAGAGAAACCCUCGACUCACCUCCUUAACUAUCAUCUGUAAUUUUCUGUCCAAUUUAUAAAGAUAACUGAGGCAUUUUUCUGUUUUCUAGCUCAGGUGCUAAUGUAUUUGUUUUUGUUUGUUGAGAGGCUUAGAAAGUGUCUGCUCCA